UUUUAUUUUGACAGCUGGCUUGUCUUACACCCGUAUCUUAUCCGUACACACGAAUCGUCGGUAGUCAAGGUCCAAGUUGGACACUUUGAGGGUUUUCUACAAAAUCCUGCUUCUGUACAACCUCAUGCUCAGUUUUGCAUGAACUACAGGGUGAUGUUGAGGAGUGUGUUCAGGUGCCUCAGGACCAACACUGUUGCUGGCCAAAGAAAUAUGUCUCAGAGUAGCUUUGCUGGAAAGGUAGCCAUAGUUACUGCCUCCACAGCUGGAAUCGGUCUAGCAGCAGCCCAGGCUCUGGGAAAAAGAGGAGCCCACGUGGUGCUGAGCAGCCGACGGCAGGCCAACGUGGACGAGGCUGUGGCACUGCUGCGGAGCCAGAACAUCCAAGUGACCGGGACCACCUGUAAUGUUGGCAAGGGAGAGGACAGAGAAAAACUGGUUCAAACGACUCUGGAUCAGUGCGGGGGCAUCGAUAUUUUGGUGUCCAACGCAGCAGUGAACCCUUUCUUUGGAAACAUCAUGGACUCCACGGAGGACGUCUGGGACAAGAUCCUGUCUGUAAAUGUGAAAUCAGCCUUCCUCCUGACUAAGCUGGUGGUGCCUCAUAUGGUCAAGAGGGGAGGGGGAAACGUGGUGUUUGUGUCGUCUGUGGCUGGAUACCAACCAAUGCAGGCCCUGGGUCCUUACAGCGUGAGUAAAACAGCACUGCUGGGUCUGACCCGGGCGCUGGCUCCUGAGCUGGCUCACAGUAACAUAAGAGUCAACUGCGUGGCACCUGGAGUUAUCAAGACGCGCUUCAGCUCUGCGUUAUGGGAAAACGAAGACAUCGUGGACGACUUUAAAAGGCAGCUCUGCAUUAAAAGAAUAGGAGAGCCAGAGGAAAUUGGUGGAGUGAUUGCCUUCUUGUGCUCUGAGGAGGCGUCCUACAUCACGGGAGAGACCAUCACAGUGACAGGAGGGAUGGCCUGUCGACUCUAAAAAUCUGAAUCUCAGACAAUUUGCACACCUAAUUGUGUGUUCCUGUGUAGAUAUUGAUUUGAUUGUGAUAUUUUUAUUACUUCCACUACUCAUCUGAAGUGUUGGCACAGCACAGCCAGGAUAAAGCCGGACUAGACUAAUGACACCGUAAUAUGAGAGCUCUAACCAGUUAUUGAAGAUUUUGGGUGUUUGUGAAUUACUGUGUAAAGAUUUCUAAUCAAGACGUGAACAUGUAUCCAGCAUCCUGAAAGUCUUUGUACUUACCUGGCAUUAAAUUUUUAAA